UCUUUUCGUGCGCUGCAAAGAUAAAAGGUACAUACCGUAGUCUCCUGAGGCAACUGAAACGCAACCUACAGGUGAGUUUCAAGUGCUAAUUCUCUCGGUCUGAGUCUGGCAAAUGCAAACAGUUUCUUCUUCAGAUUUGGUAUCUGCCGUGUUACGGUCCCCUCAGCUGCGAAAAAGCGGCGUUCCUAUUCGUACCUGCAGUUCUGCAUCGUUGUGUGCCGCUCUCUACGGUUCGUUUUCACAGUCUACGGGAAGCAAUCAGGUUCUUUUAGAUUUCAUAUCUGCCAUAGUGGGCUUCAAUAAGCUAAGAAGGAAGGGAGCUUUGAUCCUGCCUUUCUGCGCCGCUGUGUAUACCACCCUUAAGCUAGGAGUGGUUUCACUCGUAUUUCCCCCGCGCAACAGGUGGCUUUCUCCGUGGGCAAUCCCCAUCCUCUCGGAGGCCCGUGAUGGUUGCGCAACUGCGAUUUUACGAAAUCUAAGUCUAGUUCUCCCAUUCCGCCUACUUUAAAGAAAGGGCUGGAAACACAUAUUGAGAAAGAUAUAAAUCUAAAAUGGAAAGACGGUCACAAAUCCUGCAAGUUACCCCAAGGGGCGACGGAGGGGGGAACUCUUUCGUGAGAGUCGAUUUCCCGCCGCCGUGUUCAGUCAGCCAGCAGCACAGCGGGUGAAACAGUGUGGAACGAGGUGAGACAAGCGCUUCGUCAGUUUGCCUAGGUCCAAAGGUCUCCGCACCCAGGACCUACGUGGAAAAAGAAGCAAAGAUCGACUCUACGCUUUGGGAAAUUGGGAUGAGAACAGCGGAGACGAAAAUGCAGCAGACCCGUUCCCGUAUAGAGUCGCCGCGUUGAAGAGACGCAGAAGUGACCGGCGGUUUUCUUCCCAUGACACUAUACCCGCAGACAGUCGAGAUUUCUUUCGGCGCGGCGAGAGAGGUCGUUAGGAAAAACACGUGUAUACCUGAGAAGCACCAAGAAAAAGCCAUACACACAGCUGAGAGAGACCCUGCGACAAGACUGGUCUUGCCAUCAUGUCCCCCCGCCCAUCCCGCCCCCACCCGCUCGUUGUUUGCGUUCAUAACUGCGUUCGCCGGUCGUUCGCCCGGCUGGUCUGGUUGUUCUGAACUGCUGCCCGCGUUGCUAUGUGUCGAACAAUGAGAACGGAAGAGAAACGGAGAGGCGGGAGAGCGGGUUGUCACUUAGCUCUCUGCGUCUGUGGAGCCUUGAGGCUCAUUCUUCCCCAAAAAACUGCUUGCGAGCGGCGAUUCGGUCGGAACAGAGUCGAUGUUCUAGACCGAGUGUCUCCCAGCGGAGUGACGCCCUCCGUUGACUGGUUUGCGCGAGACGCGUCGCUGAUUCGUCGUGCCUGCAUUUCGUUCAGAAAAGGGCGCCUCCAUUGUGAUUUUGGAUUUCCUCCUACACAGGCAAUGUCCGUUUUCCAUACUCUCGCUUUACAGUCAGCUUUUCUGCACUCGGAAACAACCGGUUGCUUGGGUCAUUGCGGGUCGCGCUGGCCCGGCAUAACAUGCACCCUCGAAGUUGUAAAAUUUUUGUCGAGAGAAGAAAAUCUCGUGAUUGUUCUGUGAAACAGGCCUCUCGCCUUUCUCUGCCAUGCUGAGGAGCGGCAUCUUCCGUGAAAUGCAGGUUAAGAGCGGCUCUGCUUCUGGCGACCGUCUCCCGCGCCCCCUCCCGAAUGACUGGACUUUAUGUAGUUGUUUGCUGUAAACCUUUUUGCUGACGAGCUCAAGGACUCUGUGCCGUGCAUGCGCGUUUCACAUUUUAUUUCCUCACCUUCUGUAGAGGUGAAGCACCCCCUCGUCGGUCGACGCCGUCGUUGCGGGCUGGGUGGCUAUUUUCGUGCUCUUCAUACGGUUUUCGCACGUCUACGCCGCGUUUCCGGUCUCAGGAACUCUGUGUCAACUCAAAGCACCGAACAUCCGGAAAGAGAAUUCGGUUCGUGGUCAGAUACUUUUCGUGCGAAAGUCGUAACCCUGCCGCGGUGCAUGGCCCCGGCUUGAGAGCACGAAACCUUUCGCUCCGGCAGAAAGGUGCUUGGGUUUCGACUGUUCUCUGGUUUCCGAAAGCAAACAGAAUCGCUUUUACGUAUUCAAUGUCGUACCGUUGGAGGGAAUGCCCGCCUGUUACGACACGAGCACCGAGUUAACUCAGAUUUGAGGCCAGUUCCGUGUUCCGCCUGAUCUCGGAUCUAGGACCUGUGAUGGGACGCAAGCGGUUCUCCGGGUUCCUAGAGAGACAGGAUUGUUAUCGGCUUUUGAGGACACAUUUCUCUUUGUCAGUGCCUCGUCGAUCGUGUGUCUCCCCGGCAUUUCACAGCGGUAGAGAAAAGCAUACCGUCAGUAACUCCGAUUUUCGUGCAGUCCUUGACGGGAGCUUUCGCAUCAGGAGCAUUUGUUAGUCCGGCCCUUCAGUCCUGCAGCAAUCUCUUUGAAGCUCUUUGAGCCUGUGCCUCCCUCUUUUACCUAGCGUUUUGUGUAGACUGGUAAAGUGUGCAUGCAUUCAAGCAGUUGUGUCUCGAGCGAUCUCGAACAGCGUGGAGAGAAAAAAUGCUCUCGGUGGGGGUACGGAGUCGAGUGUGACAUCCAGCAUGCCGGAACAAGAUCUUGCUAGCGGGUUUCUGCUUCGCUUCCAAAACGCAAGGCCUGUCUGUCUCUCUGUGGGAUCUUUUGUUUCUUUCCGAACUGUCCAACCAAGGAAAAUGAGGGACAGAGGCUGGCGAUGUGUCUGGCAUCGGAUGGCGGGAGUUGGGGCGCUAUUUGGAAUAUUUGGAGUCUUAUGCACGGUCGAAGCAGGCGCCACCGUCGCCGCUCCCCAGGUUGAGACAGGGCCUCUUCUGUCUGUGCGUGCGCCGCGUUCGCCUCUCCAUCUCAGAGAUGUCGACGCCCCAGAAGUGACGCAUGCCUCCUCGGAAGGAUCCCCUCAAUUCGAAUCCAGUCUCUCCCAACAGAGGUUGAGGCGCCCAGCGGAUAGAGGAGAAGCACACAAUGGCGAGGAGCCACGCAAAGACGCUGCAACGCAGACAGUGAGGGGUUAUGGUGGCCAGAGCACGGAACCACCGCCUGCAUCAAUCGUUCCUGUCUCUUCCGAGGCGCCACAGGAUGGGGCAGAACAGAGACAAGCUUCGUCUGCAGCGGAGUCCCUUGCUGGCCUAGAUCCUGAUGCGGGCGACACUGGUCUCCGUAGCCAAGAAAUGGACGAAGAAGGCUCGGGUGCAGCCCAAGAUAUGGAGCGAGCGCAUGCGGCGCAGCCAACCGUCAGUACUUGGGAUGACGCACACCUCGUCCAAGUUUCCACCAGCCACCCGGACAUGUUUCCUGUCGAUGGAAGUUUCUCCAAGAAACAAGAGGGGCGAAGGGAACGGCGACUUGCUGUUCGUGGCGAUGACUCGUUUGCUAGAGGUCACAAUCGCGAUAGGGACGCAUCCAAUGGUCGCUCGAUUCUCAGGAGGGCACCAGGGUGGGCCAAAAUCGCCGCCCUGGCAACCGGAUUGCUGGUAUCCGCGUUCGGAUACAGCUCGUACAAGCAUGGUGGCCCGCGGGUCGCUUUACGAAUUCACAAGCUGCAUCUGAAGAGGAAGUUACCGAUUUCGUGGCGGCGGUAUUUGAACAAUUUACCGGUGUUGGAUGAGAGGCUUUUCCCGGAGUUUGAAGACAUUUUGCCGUGGCUGAGGAGAGGGGCGCGUCUGGUGAAGCGCGUGCCGCACGUGUCCGAGGCGCUGGCGGACUUUAUAGGGUUGGACGAGGAGACGCGGAGGACAGGGAUUGUGAUAAAGGUAAAGUCUUCAACGGACGCUGAGGCGCGGCGCCUGGUUUACGAAGUAAACGCUCACGCAAACAUGGUGCCGGAUAAUCCCUUCUUUCUGCCGAUUAUCGGCGCCUACCAAGGUGCGAGCAAGCGUGCUGUGUACAUGAUUCUUCCUCGCGCGCGUGCGGACGUGGCGGACUAUGUGAGAGCGCGUCCGUACGAUGUCGACGUUCGCCUUGCUGCCGCUGAGAUGGUCUACUCGAACUACAUUCUCCAUACACACGGCUUCCUGCAUCGGGACAUCAAGGCUCACAACUACUUCGUGACGUUCGACGGCCAUGUCGUUCUCGCUGACUUCGAAGGCGUUGGCGUGCUCCAGCAGCGCACCCCCGUCGUCGGCACCCGCGGAUACUUCGCCCCGGAACUGUCGCGGGCCACUGACCACACAGAGAAAUCCGAUGUCUUCGCUCUUGGCCAGACUCUCAAACGCCUGGUCAAGUAUAUGCGGCCGACCGUGCGUGUGCCGCACCUACGCGAGCUCUGGGCCCUCACUAAGCGGAUGACCGCGAAAGAUCCAGAGGAGCGGCCGACGCUGAAACAGGUCAUGGAAGACCCCUACUUUGACGGAAUCGAUUUCGAGCGACUUGAGGCAAAAGACCAGGGCGUUCCUUUCAGGGGGGACUUCUCGAUCGACGAUCCCGACGCUGGGGGGAAAAUGUACAUACCGCCAUCCAAGGAACAAGACCAUGAACAGGAAAACGAAUGAAGCAAAGUGCGCGGCAGGAGACGAUGAAGAGGCAGAGACGCAGAACUCUGGACAGAAUGAAGCAAAACCUGCAUUUUGCGACGUGUUUCUGGGGGAGGUGGGGGAGAGCUUGGCGGUUGGAGGAAACACAAGACAAGUUGGCAGCGGUGGGAGGACGUGCUCGGUCCACCCAAGCUGCUCACUGUUCUGGGAUUACGCCUGGUGAGGGUAGACGGCGAAAUGCCUCGGAGUCGUGCAGAGCGAGUGUUCAGAAAGAGACGGAUGACCAAGGACCCAGGUGACUCGGAAUCGAUUGAAUGCGACAGGAUUUGACUGAGUGGAACUUCCCAGCCGUUCAGGUCGCGGACCGUCCCGGCGAGCCUUUUUUGUCCGCCGGUGCGUGUGUCUGAGGUCUUCUGGCGAAUGGGCGACGCCCUUCGAAACCUCCGUCACCCUCUUGCAGACCUGUCGCUUCUUAGGCGCAUAUCGAGAACCACAUGUGUACCCACGUACGGCAAUAUAGGUCGUACGCACUUUUGAAAGUUCCGGCGUUUUUAUGCAAAUACGAAAUACGCCGUUAUAAGUGUAUUGGGCAUGCAGUCGUUCCGUAUCAUUGGAGGACGGGAGUUGCGUUGGAAAAAAAGGAAUGAUGGAUGCCGUGUGCUUUUGAAUUUGAUUCUGCCUGACCGUCAACAAAACGGUCAAACGGCCAUAAAUAGGGAAGUAAUGACUUGUAUUUUAGUUGAGGCAUCGAAAUAACAGGGGCUGCUCCUGACGCUCGGGGUAUGUGCCCAAGGUCAUGUCUCAGGGUUUGCUUUUCUCUGCGGUCGCAAAGAGAACAACAGACAGAAUGUUCAUUUCACAUGCGUAUGACCUCCGAGGGAAGGCAGGGAGACAAGCCGUGCACCGAACGUAAUCCACCGGGAUUCCAUCUGUAUGGCCGGGGAGCCGUUUCCAUCGUGGAUUCUGUAUCUGUACCUUUUCUGGUCCACAAAAGAAGUUAAUUUUCGUAUGAAAAUAGUGAAAACUGACGAAGUUCUUGUUUCUUUGUGACCGAGUAUUUCUCCUCUCUAUAGAGAACCGAGGCCGUUUACCAGUGCGCUGAGGUGUGAGAUGGCGUGGUAAAGAUCCCAGUAUCGUCGAUGCACUUUACUGUUUGGCCGGCAGUCGCCGCUAACACAACCUUCUUUACAAAGCGGUAUCACAUCAUGCAGGACAUGUGAUCUGAUCUACAUGGACACUGAGUUGUUGCGUAUUUGACGGCUUUCGGUUUAUUUGACGAGAUGACUUGGCGGCAGUUCUUAUUGGUAAAGACUUGGGAAAAAGAAUUGCGCAGCUUCCAACAGAAAAGCAUAUCUUCAGAUUUGGACAAAAUCAUCAAUCAUGCCCAGACGCCAGAAAGCGCCUAGCGGGCACACUCAUAGUCGAAGCAUGUGCGUGAAACACUCUCGAAGGUCUGACCACAAAGGGCCACUGCGACACAAGUGCCGCAUUCGCUUCAUGAUU